AUGACUGAUCAGCAACGUUGUCAAGAUUUGCAUUCAAUCAAAGUUGUCGCAGAUGAUUCUCAUCGUCGACGUCAGCAACCAAACAAUAUAAUUAAUAAUACAUGGACUUGGAAUAAUUAUAAAGAUGUCAAAUUUUAUAUCCCACAAAACUACAACUAUAACUUUUUCGAUUAUACGUUCUUUUGGAAUCUAAAUAAUACAUUUGAUUAUUUUGGUUCAAAUGCCUCCACGGCACAAACUACUCAAUCCGGACCAGAUAGGGCAGCAACAGCAGCUAGUAGCGAUAGCCCACGUAUUCUUUGGAUUGACAAAAAGAACAACGACAGCUCUAAUGUGGAGAAACAGUUGUCAGGUGAUAAGCAUGUUAAAAUUGAUUUCUUUGAAAAAUUCUCACAAGCGGAAGAUCAUCUAUUGAGAAACAAGGAUAAAAUCAAAUCAUCAUCAAAAUUGCAAAUCAUUUGUCGUGGUUAUUAUAAAGAUGAAAAUAAGAAUCCUUUGAAUUUAUUACAUUUAUUGAAUCAGCAUAAUUUAAAGUAUGUUCCGAUUCUUGUCUUUACUCAAGACAAAUCUGGUUUAAAUCAUCAUUUGCAAAAACAAGCACCAUCAAUGGGUAUUGAUGAUUGGAAACAACGAUUAUUUAUCACAAGCAGCUCUGAAGAGUUAGUAACAAAAAUCAAAGAAAAUAUUUCAAACAAGCCUCACCAGAGUCGUCGCUGA